AUGUCCGACUCAAUCUCAGGCGAGAGCCGUAAAAUCCGAUGGUCCAAACUUCUUUACGAUGUAUCGAACUAUGACAAGUGGUGGGCACAUCUCAUUGCCGCCGCCAAUACAGAAUAUAAGGACGACAUUGAAGGUGUUCUACAUUACAAACACAUCAAACGAGAAAUUCUCGCCAAACAACUUAGCACCCCGAUUCAUCAACAUACGCCCGCUGCUGAUACUGCUAAGAUCGAAGGCAUCAUUCGUUUUCGCCGAGAAACCAAGACAAAUGGUACCUAUCUCCUGGCCAAGUCCCUCCUACCCUGA